AUGUGAGCAAGUGGCUCACGCCUGUCACUUAAUUAAGCGCCCCUUCACACUGGAACCCUUCUCAAUGUUAGCACUUGUAUUAAUCUGUUUCUUUUAAACCCAUCUUGAGCUAUGAACCCUUAUUCCAUUCAGAUUACAUGCCACUGACCAGCUGUGCCUCAGGGGAGGUUAUUUGACUCUUCUGUUUAUGAAUUUAUAUAAAAAUUUUAGAACCUGUUCCAAUGUUAACUCAUAUAGCAGAUACAGUGAAUAAGCCGUAGGUUUAUUAUCAGCAUUAAAGAUGAGUUGUAGAAUGAUAUAACCAGUAUGACAUCAUUUGUAAAGUUUAAAAAAUAUAUGUGCUAAAUAUACAAUACUAUCUACAUAUAUGCAUUUAGUAAAAGUGUAAAACCAUGCAUGGAAUGGUUAUCUCAGGAGAAGGAAGGAAAAUUGGGUUAAAUAGGAGAAUAUGGGGGGACAUGUCCACCAUAAUAUUUUAUUUCUAAAAUAAAAUGCGAACAAACACAAUGUUAACAUCUGUUAAAGUUGAGUGGUGGGUAUUUGAAUGUUAUAUCCUUCAAUCUUAUGAUUGAAAUAUUUUUUUCAUUUUCCUAUACAUUACUGCUUGGGUAGAGAACCUCAAUACUACUGACUUAUAUAAAUCUGCACUUUUACAGCGUGCUUUUACACAGGUCAUUUUCCAAAUAAGAGAACAAGGCUUUAAGAAGGUGAACUGCCACAUUCACUUUGCUAGCAAGAAGCAAAGCUAGAACUGAAUGGUAUCUUUUGUACUUUAAUUUCCCAUGAAUGUUAUCAAUAUUGGCAGAUGUGAGCAGUAACGUUCUAUUGUUCAGUAGUUUUCUGAACUGUGCACAAGUCAUAUUUUAAAUUCAGUAGUAACAUAAUAGUACUUUACUGUCUGUACCUUAAACCUUUAAGAAAAAUUUGGGAACAAAGGUGGAAAUGAAUAUCAUUGGAUCAAGGCGGAGAUAAGAGUAGAAAGUUUGACUGCACUGCAGGCCCGUGGAAACAGUAAAUAGGGAGAGGCUGGAUGUGUGUCAUUUGAAAAUGACUGGCAGUGCCUCCUGCUGUCAGACCUGAAAGUGAGUCUGGAUUAAUCCAUGCACUCUCAGCUCCAAGGUGCAGAUGUGGAACCGAGAUAAGGGUAAGCAACACAUGUGAGCUUCCUGUGCUAGCAGAGAUGACUACUGUCUGUUGUAGUAAUGGGGACUGGCAAGGGUUUCUGUAAUAUAUCAGGGCUAAAGUUGUUACAGUUUGUUUAUUCUCCCUCCCCCUUUCUCUCCUUUCCAGAAUUCUUUUAGGAUGCCUGUUACUUUCAUAAAAAAGCAUUUCUUCUUGCCAUUUCCAUCAUCUUUUAAAUUUCAACAUCAUAUUCAGACCCCCUUCCCUAAACCUCAAUUAACUCCAGAAUGGAAACCAGGGGCUGAUAAAUUCAGAAAAUGAUGACACUAAUUAGUAGUUUUCAUUUCUGCAAUGGAUAUAUGCAAGGAUUUUGCAUCAGCUAGGGCUAAAGGUGCUUAUGAUUUGCAUAUUGAUUCUCCUUAUCUAGCAUUCAUUUGGAAUGAAUCCAUUACAUUCAUAAAAAAUUAUUUCUACUUAAGAUUUCCAUCAUUCUUUAAAAGUGAAAAGCCCACUAACUCCAGAAUGGGAACCAAAGUCAGCCAGUGGUGACCCUGAUGAGUGUCCCAAAGCCAUGAAGCUGCCAAAGGACCCAAAGUACUAGAGGAAAAAAGCAUUCCCAUGGAUUUUUUUCCCCAUUCAAUGAACUCAUAUUUUGGGAAGUUAUCUAAAUCUUACACAUUGACUUAUAUCCUUUAGUUUUGGAAGGUAGUGUUAUAAAAGGACACAGCUUAAAAAUAAGUAGGGUCUAGGUGUGUAACAUAAAUAAAUAAGGAAUGAUGGAAACUGAGGUAGCCCAGAGAGCCUAAACCAUUUUUUGAGGGUGCAGUUUGUACUUAGCUCAAGUCCGAAUGUUGUAGAUCUUCUAAUUUUCAAGAGAAUGCAGAAGUCCUGAAGUUUAAUGUGAAGUGUUCCACUUUUUAAAUGUUGGCUACUAACCAAACAUUUAAAAAAAGCAGUAGUAGACAGACUAAGCCAAGAUAAUUCCAUUAGGCACCAAAAUUCGAUCUUUGGUAAUGGAAUAAAUGAUGCAAGGUGUCUGGCAUAUGGUAGUUGCUCAAUGUGUGUUAUUUCCCUCUUGAACAGUAGUUCCGUAAUGGUUGAUCCCUGAACUUACCUUCCCCACAUUUAGUCCACUCUGGGAGUGAUGGCUUCAUCAUCUACCCUGAAAAUUACAUUCUCUAAGAAGCUCAAGGAGUCUAUGCCCUUUCUUAAAGGAACAUAACACACAACAUCACAUCCUUUGCCUAACCAUUCACAUUGUACCUUCCCAUUCUUUGAUGCUUUAUUCUUUUAAGAGAUUGGCCAUAUGUGGAAAUGAAAUUUGGUUGCUUACCUUCCCUGAUGCAUUGCCCAACAUAUACAUAUAACUGGAUAUUCCAGAGAGGUUCCACCUUUGGAAACUUCCUGGAGAUUGGGAGCCCCUUGUGCCAUUCUGGCUUGAAGCUUGCAUUAUUUAGGAAAAAAACCUAACAGGACAGGCCCCAGAGUCAUCUGACUUUAUCUAAUCCUGCCAAACACUGAGUGACUGAGUUUAGUCACAGGAAGCCACCAGCUUAUGAUUUUUGAGAUAAUCAAUAUCUGUCUUAGCUUUGAAAGGAUGGGGGAAAGUAUUUUAUGAUGAUAAGAUUGUAUCUGGGAAGACAAGUAGUGAUUCUAUAGCAUCUUACUACACUGAUGGACAGUGACUGUAAUGGGGUAUGUGGUGGGGACUUGAUAAUGGGGGGAGUCUAGUAACCAUAAUGUUGCUUAUGUAAUUAUACAUUAAAAAUUGUACAUAAUUUUUAUUGAUACCAAAAUAAUAAAAAAAAAGAUUGUAACUGGAAGCCUCAAAGGAAUUGGCUUUAAAUAAGUAAAUAAUAAGAGAAAUUUAAAUUUAAAAUAGUAAAUCAGUAAGUUGUCUUAUUAAAAAGUAAGAAAAAUCACUGAAAUAGAUAACUUACAUCCAUAUCUUAGCUCAUUCAGGCUGCUAUAACAAAAUACCAUAAACUGGGUGGCUUAUAGACAACAGAAAUUGAUUUUUCAGUUUUGGGGGACUGAGAAGUCCAAGAUCAAGGUGCAGGCAGAUUCUGUGGUUGGCGAGGGCUUGAGUCCUGGUUCAUAGAUGGCCCAGAAUGUGUUUUUGCUGUGUCCCCACAGGGUAGAAGGGGUGAGGGAGUUCUCAGGGUCUCUUAUAAGGGUCCUAAUCCAAUUCAUAAGGGCUCUGCCUCAAGGGAGGAUUGGGGAUUCGGUUUCAACAUAUUCAUUUGGGGGACACAAACAUUCAUCUGUGAUACAUAUUAAACAUCAAAUACAUAAUAUGCAUGAUAUUUUAUAUAUGUAGUAUGCUAAUACAUAAUAGACAUAAUAAAUUCAUAUAAUGUUUGUCUAAAAAGUUAAAAAACUGGUCAUUUUUUUGGAUCUUAAUUGCAUUAUUGGACCUGUAUGCACAUGUUAUUGGACUUUGGUUUUUUUUUUCUCCUGUUAAUCCAUCCGUGUCCUGGCAAUUUGAUUCCUAGACCAGCUGGAAGAACCAUGAAGGGUGGAGGAAAAAAUUUCCUCCCCAACACAGCUAACAGGGCAUUUUUGGAAACAGUUACCGAAAUUACCUAAAAGAGGCACACCCUAAACUCAGGACCAGUUCUGUUCAGAGAACACUGAAAAGAUUGGAGUUUAAUUGUGGAUUUGUCAAUGGUGCUGACUAGUAGUCAAAGCACCCUCAUUUUGGCCCAGCUAUCACCACCUGCUCUGAUAGUCUCCCGUUAAACCUGUCUCCACAGUGGCCACCAGAAGCUCCGUCAGUCAAAUGGGAAUAUUUUCAGCUGUCUUCCAUCUCCUCCCUGUUUUUGGAACUGAAGAGUUGAGCUGGAAUAGGAAAAUUUCACCCACAACAUUAACUUCAUUUGUUUCUGGCAGUUCUUCCAUUUAUUCUAACUGGUCCCAAAUAGAUUAGCUGGGUUUCUAGGCUGUUAUUCAGCAUAACUAGGAUUAACCGGCCACUACACAACUAGUGAAAACAUAAACCUGCAUAUACCAAGUUUUACAUAUGGUGAGACUCAUAGCACAGGGUAUUAAGAAACAGUAUUUAACCCACUAAAAGAAAACACAUUUUUUAUGAAGUUAAAAACAGAGGCAGACCCUUCUAAAUAAAGGGAUCGUAAAACACAAAGAGCCAUUCAUUAAAAUCAAAUCAUCGAACACAUUUUAAAAUGUAAGAUAAGAUACAUGAUCCUCAGACAGUAUUCCAGCCUCUAUAAAGCAAUCCCCCUGCAGUCACAGCUAUAGGGAUUUGUAUUAGCUUCCAAAUUUUCAGGUGGAGAAAGGUGAAGGGUGUGAUUUUAAAAGUAGCAAAUCUGCAAAGAGAAAAAGAACCAGUGCUACAAUGUAGUUCCCUAUUUUUUGCUGCAGAUGACCUAGUGUUUCUAAGUCACAGAGAAGGAUAGGGAGGGUGGGGAGAAAAGAGGUAAUGGUAGGCAUCAUAUCCUAAAAAAAUUAAUAUAGGGGUUAUAUAUGUCUAGGGAUAUAAAUAUUUUUGCUUCUCUUAAUUAGGAAAUAUAUCAGAUAUAUGGAAUAUAUAUAUGAUUUUAUAUUGUUAGAUAGUUACCAUCUCUCUAUUAAAUAGCUCUUUUCCUUCAGGGGGAUGCUACAUCCAAAGAUUUAUAAUAUACAUAUCUGUAAAUAAUCAGAAUUUCCUUCUCAGCUAUCUAAGAAGGAAAUCCGUAUAAUUUAGGAAGUGUACUCUUUGGCAGACAGGCAUUUAAUCUUUUCAAGACAGUGAGUUUAAAAUAUUUAUGCAUAACACUCUCAUGGAUUAUCUAUCUUAUCAAAGUCCACAUUCUGUGGUUUUGGUAUUAGUUUUAAAACAUUUCUAUCUAAUAUUCUGUUGAUGUUAAUUCUGGUAAAAUUGUUCCUCCUCUUUCCAUAACCUCCAGGCUCCUGAGAGACAAUCUGAGUCACGUGGUUAAUGCCAGUUAAUAAGGCAAUUGAUGCCAGAUAGGGGGUGCUAAGAAGACUAACACACAUGCCUAGUAAGCAAGAUUCCUGGCAUUAACCAGCUUCUCCUGAAUUGGAAGCAUGGCAUUUAUAUAAUUUCCUUGUAUAAAUCUUAUUGUUUGGUGUUAUAAAAUAUCCUUGGGCUGUAUUAAUCUAUGCGCCGUAAGUAACCUUACCUUAACUUCCUUGCUUAUUUUCUCUCCAAGGUAUAAAUUUGCUAUUCCUGUUUUUUUAAGGCCACCUUGUUUAUUCGUCUUUUUUCCUAGGACAGUUCCAAUAGGAGCUGCUGGCUGGCUACAGAACAGGAAAAGAGGACAAAGAAAGAGGAAUGGGAUUAAGAUCUAUGCAAGUCCCAGUCACUGAGGUUCAAAACCUGAAGCCAACCCGUUGAUCCUUACUUCUCCUGUUUUCACACCAGUGUCCUUUUCCAUGAGGGGCAGAACAUUAUGAAGUGUGGUCAUCAUGUCCUCAUUUUAGAAAGUGAGUUUUUAAUUUAAUAAUUGAACCUAGUAAACUUUGUAUAAAAGAAGGCCCUCCCAAAGACACCACCAGAUUUUUUCAUCAGAAGUCAUUAGCUUAAAUCUGAUGCUCUUAGACCAUCUGUAGAGCAUAGUCUAAAUGAACCAGUAAGAGUCCUAUCCCAUGGAUCAUGAAGAAAGUUAAAAUGUUUAACUAGUUAAAACUGGUGUUCUAGUAAACCUGUUUCCUUAGCCUAUAAAUUCAUAGUGAUCAGCCAACUUUUAUCACUGAUUUAAUCAGAGCUUCUAUUCCCCUUUGGUCUUUGCUAAGCUAUAAGAAAUAAGAAAUAGAACUUGUAAUAUGAACACUAAAUAAAAUUAGAAAAGUCUAACAGUUAUAAAUAUAUAUCUGAAUAUUAUACUUAUAUAUAAUAUAUUAUCUAAAUACAAUGCAGAACAGUCUAUAAUUUCUCAGUCUAAGAGUUCUAGGUACAUGGUAAAUUUAGUCCUACUAGUCUUAUACAGGACUUCAUACUACAUCGAAUAGGUUAACUGGUAUAAUAGCCCCAGCACGUGCAUGAUCUCAGUUACUCCUCACCACGGUUCUGUGAAAUAGGCACUAUUAUCUCCACUUUGAAGAUGAGAAGACUGAGACACAGAGGUAUUGAAUCACUGCUCCAAAGUCACACUGGUUGUAAGUCACAGAGAUGGAAGACCAAGAACAUAGAACAACAUGGUAUCAGGGGACUAAGAUUCUAAUGAGGGCUUGGUCAACCCUGUCCUGUAACUCAGUCUCUCAGCUUCAGCUCUCCUCUCCUCCCCUAACCAGAUGAAGGCAGUUGAGGGAAUAUGAAACCCGUUUGGCAUUCUAGACUCACCGGUGGACAACACAGGCCACAGGCAUGGAAUCUUCAAGAUCAGAUAACUUUGAUAUAAAGAUGAUUUCAGAUGCAAAAAGGGGGGCAGUUCCCUGGGAGGAUCUGAGGAGACAAAGGGAGUAUGUAAAUUGACUUAAAGAUUUUGUUAGGAAUUAGUGGUUCAACCAACAUCUCUGAAAAACGGGCACAUUCACACGGCAAGGUGUCUUCCCAGUGGGAAGGAGGGCCGUUUCUACGUGGCCAGAGGAAUUAACAUCUGGUUUACAGGACGGUUCCCGGGAGGCGAGGGGCUAGGGUGCCUGUCAUGUGAGUUUGAAUCCUAGUGCCUCGAAGUUGUCAUUUAUCAUCAUCAAGAAAGGGUUUUUAACCUUUUCUCUAGAUUCUAAAAGGCCUUUAGAUACUUAGCAUGACCUUUGAGUACUACAUGAAUAAGAGAAUAUAUCUAAUUAUAAAGAAUACUUUAAAUAGGUUUUUAUGUUCUUGAGAAAUAACUUUUUUUUUUUUAGGAAAUGUGGAAAAUGUAGUCUGGACCAAUAUGAAGAUUUACUCUCAUCAUCUGAAGACUGCCACAGUCUUUCAUCAUCCUAAGUACUUUUGGGUUAGACCCAAGUUGGUGACAUUCUAGAAGACUAAGGAUGGAAAUAACUCACCAAGUAUUUUAAUAAGAUCAAAAUUUUAAAAAAGGAAACGUGGUGUUGAAAAUUAUCUUGAAGCACAUUAGUGAAUAUAAGCUGUUCCAUGGACUGGGUGAUGGUCUCGGUUGGCCCAUGUGCAUAUAGCAGCAGUCUGUAUAUAUUUGCUGAUGAAUUGUAUCUUGGACUGGGUUGCCCUGUGACUCGGAUACAAACAUAUGCAUAUGAUUUUAUAUACCCUGUUCAUGACUGCGGGAUCAGGACAAAGGUUGUUUCAGAGGAUACUCUCCUUUUUCAAACUGAGAUAUACCUUAAUCCUAGGAAUGCACAUUGUGACUGUCAGAAAAUCCCUUUGGAGUGUUCUGCCUCUAGGAAAUCAGUGUGGCUUACACUAGUUUCUACAGAUAAUGAAAUAAGAUUGGAUCCCAGUCCCUUUAUUGCUGACUUUGAGACAACACCAGAAGAGGUGGGAUUAUUAAACCCUAGCCAAACUGUCUCCCUCCCUAAAGAGAAAUGGAAAUUUGGAAUUGGUAUCAUGAAUUUUGUGGGAAAAAACAUUUUCAUACAAAAGUAAUUGGUGUAACUCUUUCCAUAUGUGUCUGUUGCUUAAAAAUCCCUAAUGCAGUGAAAGUGUAUUUUUAGGGGUAUGGCUCAUUAAUUUAAUGUUAACUAUUAGAUAAUUUAUAUUAUCCAUCUAUAUUUUAUUUUCUGUUCUAUAUAGAAGAUCAGCAAUAUGUCCUCAAGGACAUUAAUUUGAUCUAACUGGUAUGAAUCUCCAAGAAAUAUGCCCUACAUUUUUUUAGUAGAAGUAAAAAAUAGAGAUAGAUAUAUAAAUGUGCCAGGGACUAAAAUAUGAGCAGAGUCAACAUUUAACAUACUAACUUCAGGCAAGACAAAGUCCUGUAGGUGAAGAUACUUUAACAUGUAUGGGCUUUCCUAAUUAGUGAAGUCCUAAAAAUAAUUCAGUAUACAUCAUACUUGAGUAAUGAUUGCAGAAGGAAAUUAGAUUUGUAUUCUAGAAUAUAAGUAACCACUCCCUUAACUGGUAUUUGAUGUCAGACUUUCUUUUCUCCCUGAUUCUUCCACACUUGAGAUAAUUGACUUAUUGAUGUACAGCAUAGAAUCAUGCUGCCACUUAAGAGCAAUUCUUUAAAUGACCAGUUAUCACCAACUACUUGUGCCAUCUCCUUUUCCCUAAAAAGGGAGUAUAUCCAGGUAAUAUACUCUGCUUUUUGGGAGAUUUCUUAUAUCAGUUACGAGAAUUGAGUUUUGCCAUUGGUUAUUCAAUUGCUUAAUGUGCAUUUUGGAUGCUACAAAUUUCUGGACACUGAUUUUGCUAAGAUACUUUUCUUUGGUAUUUUCAUAACAUUUAAAAACAUGUAAAAGGCUGUUAUUUCCAAUAAAAUGCUGCUUGUAUUGUUUACUUGUCAUCUAGUAAGAAUUACAGAAUUUAAACAUCAUCUCAAUGGGUAUCUACUUUUGACGGUUAAAGACAGCUAAAAGGUAACACUUCUGUAAGGGUUAAUAUGUGUCAGGCAAUGUUAUAAGCAUGUUACAACAGAUUACUUAAUAACCCAAAGAGUUAUUUAUUAUUAUUAUACCAAUCUACAGAUAAGAAAACAAACAGGGUUUGAAUCAUUGCCAAUUGUUCUUAAAAAAUUGGAUCUGUUUCUAAUCUUGGAGGAAAAGCUUCUAGCUCUUCACCACUGGGUAUGAUGUUCACUGUGGAAUUGUCAUAUGUGGCCUUUAUGGUGUUAAGGUGCAUUCCAGCUAUACCUCAUUAGUUGAGAGGUUUAAUCAUUAGAAGAUGUUGAAUUUUUCAGAUUUCACCACUUCUCUUCAGAAUAAUACUGAAAGUCCUAACCAGAGCAAUUAGGCAAGAAAAAUAAAUAAAAGGCACCCAAAUUGGAAAGAAGUAAAAUUGUCUCUGCUUGCAGAUGACAUGAUCUAAUACAUAGAAAGCCUUAAAGACUCUAUAAAAAAAUUCACUAAAUUCACUAAAGUUGCUGGAUUAAAAAAUACAUUAAAACCAGUGUGUGUCUACAUAUUAACAAAAAACUAUCUGAAAAAGAAUUAAGAAAAGAAUCCCAUUUAUAAUAGCAUCAAAAUGAAUAAAAUACAUAGGAGUAAAUUUAACCAAGGAAGUGAAAGAUCUGCAUACUGAAAACUAUAAAACAUUGAUGAAAGAAAUUGAAGACACAAAUAAAUGAAAGGAUAUUCCAUAUUUAUGGAUUAGAAGAACUAAUUCUGUCCAAAUGUCCAUACUCCCUCAAAUAAUCUACAGAUUCAAUGCAAUCUCUAACAAAAUUCCAAGGGCAUUUUUCACAGAAAUAUAAAAACAAUUCUAAAAUUCAAAUGGAACCAACAAAGGGCAACGAAUAACAUAAGGAGUCUUAAGAAAGAAGGACAAAGCUGCAGGCAUCAUUUCCUGAUUUCAAACUAUAUUGCUAAACUAUAGUAAUCAAAAUAGUACAGUACUGGUAUAAAGACAAUGGAAAAAAUUAGUUCAGAAAUAAA